ACACACACAAAGUGCAAGUAAGCAUGUCGUUGGACAGUGUAUUAUUUCUCGUUUGCCUCCUGGACACAUGACGAAUACAACGUGAAACUAGUCUCAGCCAGGCCUCACAAGUGCAUGUGUUUUAAGGUCCCCAAAAGAGCUCUCCUUUAAAACACCAAGGAGCACAUCAGGGGACGCCAAACCAUUUGAUUCCCUUGCCAGACAUCUCGGCUCACUCCACAAUCAAUGGUGCUCGCAAUCGGAUGCACUUUUAGGCCAUUUAGGAGACAAAUAGCACAGGAAAAGCAGUGCGCACCGCUCCACCCGACAGUCGAACGGUGAGGUUUUGAGCGAGUCGCAGCAAAAUGCACGGGGCUUCUGCAGCCCACAUGACUUUAUUCUGAACGGACACAAGUCUGCUCGCUGGGCCGUUCGCUUUUGGGCCAAAAACGCGGCUCCGUCGGUGACUUUUGGCCCGAUAUUGGCGACCAGAAAACACAAGUGAAAGAGCAUUUGGCCAGCCCGGAGAAGCCGAGCUGGGUGGCUUGAGUCUACAUGGUUCUCAUGUCGCGUUUAAGGCCAGCCCCCUGCACGGUGUGGAGCUUCAAUAGCGCAGAGCAGCGUCUACAGCAAAGUACUCCUCCUCACAGACUACCGUAGUGUUGUAAGUGUGUGUGUUUACCGGACCGAACGACAGACAUGGCAGAAGUCGCACCAGCACCCACCGCCGCCGCGCCGGCCAAGGCACCCAAGAAGAAGGCAGCAGCCAAGCCCAAGAAAGCGGGACCCAGCGUAGGCGAGCUCAUCGUCAAGGCGGUGUCCGCCUCCAAGGAGAGGAGCGGCGUGUCCCUGGCCGCGCUCAAGAAGUCUCUGGCGGCAGGCGGCUACGACGUGGAGAAGAACAACUCCCGUGUCAAGAUCGCCGUCAAGAGCCUCGUCACCAAGGGCACCCUGGUCCAGACUAAGGGCACCGGUGCUUCCGGCUCCUUCAAGCUCAACAAGAAGGCCGUCGAUGCAAAGAAGCCCGCCAAGAAAGCCGCAGCCCCCAAAGCUAAGAAGGUGGCCGCCAAGAAGCCCGCCGCCGCCAAGAAGCCCAAGAAGGUAGCAGCCAAGAAGGCCGUGGCCGCAAAGAAGUCCCCCAAGAAGGCCAAGAAGCCCGCUACACCCAAAAAGGCCGCCAAGAGCCCAAAGAAGGUGAAGAAGCCCGCCGCAGCGGCCAAGAAAGCGGCCAAGAGCCCCAAGAAGGCUACCAAGGCAGCGAAGCCCAAAGCCGCCAAGCCCAAGGCGGCCAAGGCCAAGAAGGCAGCCCCCAAGAAGAAGUAAACCUAUUACAAACAGUGUUCUUUCUACUCGACACAUGUUGUUACCACAAAAGGCUCUUUUAAGAGCCACCCACCUCUUUCCAUAAAAGCGCAUGUCAUUCCAUUCCACCUACCUACCCGUGGUGCAAAAUAAAUGAAAUGAAUGACUUUUACGCACCACAUUUUGGAGUGGCUAAAUGGCUUUACAUUUGUCACUCAAGAGUGCAGCACCCUCACCAGUCAACAUUGUUGUGAUGUGUUAGAAUUGGCAUGUCACAUUGAUCCUGAUAAUAAUAAGCAUACAUACUAUAGUGGGUUGGACAGCAGCCAUUUGUAUUAUGAGCCACUCUCGAAUUGAUUGAUACAUGUUUCAGUGAUUUGAGUUGUCACUUUGGCGCUCCCGCCAACGUGAAAAAGUAACAAAAGUCGGAGGGAAACAGAGUAGCCUAGCCCUCGUCACUCUGCUGCCUGCCUGCCUGCGGGCGGGUGGGUGGGGGCGGGCUUAGGGCUGACUGCCUGUCUGUCUGUCCCUCCCUCACUCCAAUUGGAUAAGGCCACACCGGUCCGGUGGCCAAUCGAUGGCUUUUGUGGCGAGGUAUAAGUAAGACUCUCGAGGUGGCCAGCGGCUCAUUCAGACUUUCUGUGACAUACUGAAGCUACCAAUAUGAGCGGAAGAGGCAAAACCGGAGGCAAGGCCAGGGCGAAGGCAAAGACACGUUCAUCCCGUGCCGGGCUCCAGUUCCCCGUGGGCCGUGUGCACAGGCUGCUGCGUAAAGGCAACUACGCCGAGCGUGUGGGCGCUGGCGCACCAGUGUACCUGGCCGCAGUGCUCGAGUACCUGACUGCUGAGAUCCUGGAGUUGGCCGGAAACGCUGCCCGUGACAACAAGAAGACUCGUAUCAUCCCCCGUCACCUGCAGCUGGCAGUCCGUAACGACGAGGAGCUGAACAAACUGCUUGGCGGCGUGACCAUCGCGCAGGGUGGUGUUCUGCCCAACAUCCAGGCAGUGCUGCUCCCCAAGAAGACUGAGAAGGCCGUCAAAGCCAAGUAAAAUCGCUGGUGAGGCUGCAACUUGACUACUCAACCCCCAAAGGCUCUUUUAAGAGCCAACCACCUAGCUCAACAAAAGCGCAAAGUGUCCUUUCUAUGCCUGGCCAAUUAUUUGGCGUGUUAGAUACACACACAUAUAGACGGCACCGUAUCAAGUGCCCACAUGAGGCCUAAAUGAAGGAUAACAACUAGUAGGCUAGAAUGAGAGCAUUAUUGCGCGUCAAGUGUAACGUUGCUCGCGGCCCUAACAAAAGACCCAAGCGCGCCUCGGCGAGGGUGGGGGUUGCAUUUUGGGGCGGCACGGAGAGGCCGAGCCUCCCGUCCAAUGGGCGGCGGAGGAGGCCUCCGCAACGGGCCAAUCAGGGCGGUGCGGAGAU